CUUGCGUCUCGUUCGCCUUCGUCUUCCUCAAAAGGCCAUCAGCUAAGUGCCAUUCCCUCUGUUUUCUCUCUUUGGUUUUUUUUUCUCUCUCUCGUUUUCUUCUUCAGUGCGUUCUUCGUUAGGGUUUCGAUUUCCGCUCCUGUUCGAUCGCGCUCCUUCGCUCGUUGUUCGUAGCUCGAGUGGGUUUCGGAUCUCGCGCGCGCGCGCGCAUUCGCUCGAUCGGUCUCUCUCUCUCUCUGUGGGUCGAUCUGAAUCCGGGUCUUGUCCGGGCGGUCGCCGCCGAUCGAUCGGGGGUCGUUCUUCUCUUUCCGUCGACUCGAAUUCGAGGGAUUCGUAGGUCUGCACCGAUGUUUCUAGGGUUCUUUGCGUGGGAAAUCCACUUAUAGCGUCCCUUUCUUUUUAUGAGCUGCUCGAUCCUGAUGCGUCGCGUUCGCAUCCUGCAUUCCUUCUCCGUCGUCUUCCUGUACUGGUUCUACGUCUUUUCAUGAACUCGCCUUCCUCUUGCCCGUGAAUAAACCCCCCCCCCCCCUUGCCUCGCCUAGUGUUCGAAAAACACAAUCCGAAAACCUCUGCAAAUUACGUAGAUACUAGUUGUGCUUUCGAAGUAGUUGAGUUCGAGGAGGAGAGAAGGGCGGUGACGAUGGCGGCUUCUUCUUCGCAAUGCCCGACGAGCUCGGGUUCGGAAUGCAACCAGCGGCCCGCGGCGGCUGUUGAUGAGAGGAAGAGGAAGAGGAUGGAGUCGAACCGGGAAUCCGCUCGGCGGUCGCGGAUGAGGAAGCAGAAGCAAGUGACGGAUUUGUUGGGCCAGGUGAGUGAGUUGCAAAAUGCCAACGGUCAAAUAGCGCAGGGCAUCGACGCCACCGCUCAGAAGUAUGUGGAGAUCGAGUCCGCCAACAAUGUGCUGCGGGCUCAGCUGAUGGAAUUGACCGAUAGGCUGCGGUCCCUGAAUUCGGUGCUUCAGGUCGUGGAGGUGGUUAGCGGGCUCGCGAUCGAUAUACCCGAGAUACCUGAUCCGCUCAUGGAGCCGUGGCAGCUGCCCUGCCCAAUACAGCAGCCGAUCAGGGCAUCUGCCGACAUGUUGCAGUUUUGAUCAUCAAAUCGGAAGUGCAAAAGUGGGGGCUGAUUCUUCUCGAGUCCCCUCCUGGGGGAUGGUAGAUCUAUAUAGGCCAUUUGCUGCAUUUGGUUUUCUUGUCAAUUUCGUUGUCUCUUUCUAGAAGUUGGAACUUGAGUAUCUGUAUGCGUCUGUCUAGAUGGACUGGCGACUUUUUAUGUCUCCUUGACAUUGUACUUGGCUGUUUUUGUUACUUGUGGGCUGUUCCUGUCUU